AUGGCCAAGCCGCGGGGCCUGGACUUCUGGCGGAAAAGCCUGCAUGGGCCGCGCUAUGUGCUGGCCCCGAUGGUGGACCAGAGUGAGCUGGCCUGGAGGCUGCUGAGCCGCAGACACGGAGCCCAGCUCUGCUACACCCCCAUGUUACACGCACAGGUCUUUGUCCGGGACCCCAACUACCGCAAGGAGAAUCUGUACUGUGAACUGUGCCCCGAGGACAGGCCUCUUAUCGUCCAGUUCUGUGCAAAUGACCCGGAAGUGUUUGUCCAGGCGGCCCUCCUGGCUCAGGACUAUUGUGAUGCAGUUGAUCUGAACCUUGGUUGCCCACAGAUGAUUGCAAAGAGAGGUCACUAUGGAGCUUUCUUACAAGAUGAAUGGGUUCUUCUGGAGAAGAUGAUUCAGCUAGCACACCAGAAAUUGUCCGUGCCCGUCACUUGCAAGAUCCGUGUUUUUCCUGAGGUUGAGAAAACUGUGGCCUACGCCAAGUUACUGGAGAAAGCUGGGUGUCAGCUGCUGACGGUUCAUGGUCGCACCAAGGAGCAGAAAGGUCCCUUAACGGGUGUUGCAUCCUGGGAACAUAUUAAAGCUGUGAGGGAUGCUGUCAGUAUUCCUGUUUUUGCCAAUGGGAAUAUACAGUACCUUAGUGAUGUUGAUCGAUGUAUUCAAGAGACUGGAGUCCAAGGAGUAAUGAGUGCAGAGGGGAAUCUUCACAAUCCGGCCUUGUUUGAAGGGAGGAGUCCCGUGGUAUGGGAGAUGGCAGAGGAAUACCUGGACCUCGUCCGGCAAUACCCAUGCCCUUUGUCUUUUGUUCGGGCCCACCUCUUCAAGUUGUGGCACCACACUCUGCAGGUUUACCAAGAACUACGAGAAGACCUGGCAAAGGCCAAGUCCCUGGAAGGCAUUAUUGCUGUUAAUAAUGAACUGAAAGUCAAGUGCCAGGAAGAAGUAGCUAACAAGAAGGAAGGAGAUGAGACUACAGGAGACUUGCCUUUUCCCCAUUGGAUAUGUCAACCUUAUGUACGACCACCGCCCAAAGAUGUGGUGAAGGAGGAGAGCGCAAUGCGAGCGAAGAGAGCACUGGAGGAGGAAGAUGAUGGGAACACGGAGCCGAUUUCGAAGAACAAGCAAAAAAAAAAAAAACUGCGCAAUCCAAACAAAAGCUUCGACCCUUCUGUAAAGCCUAAAUAUGCAAAAUGUGACCAGUGUGGAAAUCCCAAGGGCACUAAGUGUGUGUUCCAUUUGUGUCGCAGCUGCUGCAAGAAGAAAGCAUUCAGGGAGAUGGCAGACUGUGCAGGUCACGGACUGCUUUUUAAAACCAAAUUUGAAAGGUCUGCUCAGUGUAAAGCUGUGCAGGAGACAGACGUGCCAGAGAACCUAACUGAAUCAAAGCUCCCCCAGCCACCCCCUGAGAUCAAAGUCUGA